AUUUGGAGAUGGCCAACAUGCAAAUUGUCCCAGCUUACAACAACAUUGUAGAGGCACAGUAUGUUGAAAUGAUGGUUCCAUUGUAUUCUUAUGGAUGUGAGAAGAAAAUAAAGAAAACCUUCUCCAAUCUUAAAGGCAUAUACUCUGUGAACGUGGAUUACUAUCAACAGAAGGUGACUGUGUGGGGAAUUUGCAAUAAAUAUGACGUGCUAGAAACCGUGAGAAGCAAGAGAAAAUAUGCAAGGUUUUGGAACGAAGAAGACAAUGUUGUAUUAGAGAAAUCAGAAUCAUCGAAAGAUUUGAAACCCUCUUUAGCUUUAACCAAGGUUCGCUCUCUGAGUUUGAAAGCAUGGAAGAAGAUCUUCACUAGAUCAUAUUCUUUCUGAA